AUGUUGAACCUGCUUCCAUCCGCUCUGCUCGCAGCCGCCCUCCUGCCCCCGCUGUCGUGCGCCGUCUUCAACCCGAAUGCCACGACUAACCUCUUCGUCUACUAUGCUCAGUCAUCCGGCCGCUAUGCACGCCUGGACGAGCUUUGCCUGCAGUCAGCCGUCGACGUGGUGAUUCUGGGCUUCAUCCGUGAUUUCAACGCCACGGCUGGCUAUCCCACCAUCGACUUUGGCCCUUGGAUCUGCCCUGCAAAGCGUCCGGCCAACUCCGCCGUCGCGCCCGGCCUCGCAACCUGCCCAGAACUGGCUGCGCAGGUGCAGAAGUGCCAGGACAUUGGCAAGAAGAUAUUCGUCAGCAUUGGCGGAGCCUCCUCCAACACCUCCUUCGACGGCGACGGAGGCGGCCAGGAUGCCCAAGACGCAGCUCACAUGCUAUGGCAGCUGUUUGGAGAGGGCUCAGAUACCCCAGACUUGCGUCCCUUGGGCAAGGUCGCCGUCGACGGCUUUGACAUCGGUGCGUGUCCUGCGUUUGCCCCCUUGGCCCCCCCUUGCCUCAUGCUCACUGCUGCAGACCACGAAGUCGGCUCGCCUUCCAACUACGACCAGUUUGUCAAGACUCUGCGCUCUCUGCUUGCUACUGCUUCCAAACCCAUGUGGAUCUCUGCUGCUCCGCUGUGUGCCUUUACUAACCGCACCAUCGGGCCCAAGACUCUCGCUCUCGUUGACUUCAUCUUCGUGCGCUUCUACAACUCCCAAGGCUGCUCCAUCGGAACAAAGGGCUUUGCCACGAGCUUGGACAAGUGGUAUACCUCCAUGCCUGAGCCCGAAGCCGCCUUUCCCAAAUUUUGUCUGUCCGGCCUGUCGUUCGAUAACAACAACAGCGGCUUUGCACGCCCAGAAGACUUUGCCGACGCCAUAGAACAGGCUCGCAAAGCAAAUCUGCAGCGUUUCAACCCGGACAAGUUCGGCGGCGUGGCUCUGUGGGAUGGCUCGCGCGGCUUGGCCACCACUGCCGAGAACGGACUCAACUUCCUCGCCUACACGAAGAAUGUCUUGGAAGCCCCCUAG